AUGGCAAAGACAAGAGGACAAGUUGGUUCUCGUCGGAGUAAACGUAAUCAAGGCUUGGAGGUAGUAGAUCAAGAGGACAAGGCACCGCAACUAAAAGUGAAGAAAAGAACAGCAAAGAAAACGGCGUCCCCUAAAAAGAAUUUAGUUUUAACGCCAACGAGAAGAAGUAGUAGAAUCAAGAAAGUGGCUGCUGAAGAUGAUUACAUAGAAGAUGUUACACUUCCUAAGGAUGAUGAAGUACAAGAUGUAACACCUACUCAGGAUGAUGAAGUAGAAGAUGGUCAGGCUGAGAAGUCAAUGUCUGAAGAAGAUAAAGACGAUGAAGAGGAUGUUAAUGGGAAAGAGGAUGAAGAAGAUGGCGAUGUCAAUGGGAAAGAGAAUGAAGAAAAUGGAGAUCUCAAUGGGAAAGAGAAUGAAGAAGAACCGGCCAAUAUGGAAGAUGAUGGAGUUCUUAAUGAGAAAGGGAACGAAGAGGAAGCUUGCGAAGAAGAAGCUCGCGAUAUGGAAGAAGAUGGCACUGCGCAAGAUGAUGAGAUUCCUAUAACCCUAUCGUCGUUUCUUGGUCCUCUUGUGAGGGAACAUGUUCCGGUUACACUUGCCGAUUGGAGAAAACUUGAUGCAGCGACUAAAGCAACAAUGUGGGAAGAAAUUCAGGGGAGGUUUAACUUGCAAGAAGAGUGGCAGAAAGCUGUUAUUUUCAAGCAGCUGGGAAAUGUGUGGAGGGCUGGGAAGUCAAGGCUGGUGUCACAAGUACGUGUGGCGAAGACUGCAGCUGAGAGAAUAGCUUUAAAACCGAGCAACAUCCCAUCCCUUCAACUGUGGAACACUUGGGUUAAGAGUAAGACUACCAAAUCUUUCACAGAAACGAGUAACAAGUACAGAGCGAUGAGAAGAAAUCAGAUUCCUCACACCACCAGCCGCAAAGGAAUGCUUCGUUUAGCUGAUGAUAUGGUAAAAGAGUAG